UGUACAAUCGAAGGUAAAAGUGUACAAUUUUGACACUGAAAGUUGUACAAUUCAAAAAUCCCUAGGAACAACACUGACAAGUGUUCUGUGACACUGACAGACGACGACAUAUUUUAUGACAGAUAUUUUACAUGUUUAUUUGAAAUUUAAAUUAUUUAACUUAACGAACUACUAAAGUUAAUAUACAAUUUUAUACAUACUUAACUACAAAUAGUGUAAUGAGUGGAACAAAGAAGAAAGUUAAACCGUUGGAGAGACCUAUCUACGAAAUUGAUCCAGUGACUGGCAAGAACAUUAUCUUUCCCUUAGAUAUAGAAGCUAUCAGGAGAGAUCUUGAACGCAUCACUUCUCCAAAGCAAGGCCCAUCACAAAAAAGGAAUGGCCCUAACUAUGGCCGAAAAAAGAAGGAAUCGAAAGACACAGAAGAACCAUUUAAAAUGUGUGACAUUGCUCCAGAGCCGUGCCGAUUCAUGUUAACUCCUUUAGAAUUGGAAGCUAUGAGAAAAGAAAUUAUUGCCAGCAAUAACCAUAUACAACAACAAAAUGUAAAACAAAUAAAUAGUGGAAGGAAGAGGGUCUUAACUAAAGAAUCACAGGAUCCAUCUAAACUGUUUGAUACUGAAGAGAUACCAUCCAAAUUGAGGAGAAAAGAAGUUACUACAAAGUCUAUUAGAAAAGGAUUGUUUUCAUCAAGAGGGGACCAAAAUUCAAGAUCAUUUAAAACACGAGAUUCAUCUUAUGGGAAGCAAAACAUGCCGAAAAAGGUACCAAAAAUUAUUUCCAAAUCGUCUCCAUUACUAAACAUGGAAGAAGUUGAAGACAAACUCAUAAACCAAAAUCGUUUUGAUUUCUUAUCACCACAACAUUGCGUAACAAAAUGUACAGAUUCAAAAAAUUCUACAUCAAAGGAAAAAACAGUUAAUAUUCCUACGACAAUUCAAGAAGAAAGCGAAGACCCUUGCAUUACAGACCAGCAAGUUGAUUAUGAACCAAAGACGCCCGAUUCAAUUGGCGAAUUUAAUGAUCUCGAAGAAAUGUGCAUGGAAAAAAAUUUGGAAUCUCCCAUAACUAGCAUAAGUAAUUUAAUGCAAGUUACAGGUAUCAACAGCAGCGUCAAGAGGACAAAAUUAAAUUUUAACACCAAUUCAGAGCUAAGAAUUGCAGUUAAUGAAGUUGAGCAGUUAAUUAAAGAUGAAGAAACAAGACAUAAGGAAAACAUGUUGAAAUUGAAUAGUUUACGGAAAAGUUUAAUGAAUUUAGUAGGAGAUGAAACUGAAAAUAAAGAAAACAAUCCUAUAAAAAGUAUUAGAAGAUCGAUCAGACUGCACAAUAAAAGCCCAUUGAAAGAUAACGGCAAACUUGUUUUCACGUCUCCAACCUUUUCGAGAAGCGGGGAUUUGCUUAAAAAUACUCUAAAGAAAAAUUUAGUCGCUAAACAUUUGGACUAUCAAAGUCCGAGAACCAAAAAAGCGAUGGAACUAUACAACUCAAUGAGAUCCAUAAAUCCUUUACUCGAAACCCCAAAGACUGAGAGAAAAGUUUCAGCUGAAACUCCGAACAGUAUAAGUUCAAGGGAGAUGUCUAAAAAAUUGCAAAGUCAGUGUUUUUUACUGCAAGGCACGCCAAACCAAAAGUGAUUUAUCACUGACUGCUAUUUUAUAGUGUAUAAGUCUUUAGUUGUUGUCAACUUUGUUGUGAAACAACUUUAGCGAUGUGUGUUUGUUUAUUUUUUAUUUAAUAUAUUUUAUUUGAAACAGUUUGUGUAUUUUUUUUUAAAUAAACUUUGUCAUUAUCAAGGAAGGUUCUGUACACUUGAUUGAUAAUAUCUAAAAGAAGGACACCAGAUACUUUGGUAACAUGCCAUCGAGAUCUGUUCAUCAAAUUCUUCGGUUGGGGAGACGUUAAAAACGAAUAUGGUCCUGUCACUCCUUCAGCUCCUCUUCAAGUCUUCAGAAGUUUCUUAAAUGUUUCCCCAAUCGAAGAAC